UGUUCUUGUCCAAAUCGACGACUGUGUUGUGUCUCCUCCUCGCCCUUCUUAUUGGGCUCGGUUGCGAUGAAUGGCAUGGAGAAAACUGGGAAUGAUCCGAUGCAGCAAUUCCAGGGGAAUGCGUUCCCCUCCAUCUCCAAACAACUGCCUUCGAUGACGAAGGGGCCGUACCCCGGCUUCCCUCCGGCGUCUCCCUCGCUGCCGACGACGGCCCAUCGGUUGCCCCCUGCCUGUUCUCUCCACUCCCGCUCCCUCUCCCAGCCGGCGUUCUGCUCCCUGUCGCCACAGUCCUAUCGCGCCGACUCCUCGCCGACCGGCUCCCUAUCCGACUCCGUCUCCAUGGAUGACCACGACGCCUCCGUCUCCCGCUCCCCGCCGCUUCCUCCCAAGGACCCCGCCGGCGUUACCCCCGCCAGAGAUGGCCUUCCACCUCGCAAGGAUCACCGGCACUCCCAGAGCGAUGUCCCGUUCGCCUUCUUACCGUCAUCACUGGCUGCGGGUGCCGCUCCCCACUCCGCGGGGUUCGUGAUCUCUGCCAGGCCGCCGGCGGCGGGAACGAAGGGGGAGAGCCAAUGGGACCGUGGAUUGGGCGCCGAUGGCGUCACGGGUAGCGACUUGUUCAGCGCUUAUAUGAAUUUGCAAGGCUUCGAUGCGCUAACUUCCUCCGAGGACAAUCACGAGGAUCUGAACAGCAGAGAGAGUGGAUCCAAGACCAGUGUCGCUGGCAGUAGCGAGAACGAAGCAGAUAGCAAUUCUAAGAGACAUGUCGGUGGUAGUACUACAGUGUUGUGCGCCAACGAUUCAUCGAGGAAGGAAGGGAUGAAACCAAGUUCAGAGGUCAAUCCUGAUAUGGCGAACUUCAGUCACUGCAGGAGUCUUUCCAUGGACCGUUUCACGGGGAAGCUCAAUUACGAGGCGCCGCCGCUGAAGCUGCUGCCUUCUCCCGGAAUACUAGCAGCGCAGAGUUCUAAAGCCAACUCAUGGGACGGGGCUCCAAACACCUUCAGCUUAGAGUUUGGCAAUGGCCAGUUUACUGGGGCUGAGAUGAAGAAGAUCAUGGAGAAUGGAAAGCUCAUUGAGAUGGCAAUGACUGAUCCCAAACGUGUCAAAAGGAUAUUAGCCAACCGGCAGUCUGCUGCACGUUCUAAGGAGCGGAGGAUGAAGUAUAUCGCAGAGUUGGAACACAAAGUGCAGGCAUUGCAGACACAGACUACCACAUUGUCAGCACAGCUGACUUUGUUGCAAAGAGACUCAGCAGGCCUUGCAAACCAGAACAAUGAGUUGAUGUUUCGUCUUCAAGCUAUGGAACAACAGGCACAACUGAGAGAUGCUCUAAACGAGGCUCUGACUGGUGAAGUCCAGCGUCUGAAACUUGCUGCUACCGGGCUGGCUGAUGCUCAUCCUUCGAAUGACUUGCACCGGCAAACAUCAGCUAAUUCUCAGAUGUUUCAACCUCAGCCGAAGCAGCAACUUCCACAUACGCCUCUCUACCAACUGCAGAAACAGCAGACUGACACAGCAAUGGGGAACAGGUCACAGCAAUAAUUUCACCAGCAAACAAGGAUUUGGAUUAUACAGAAGAAUUUUGUGAGUUGCUCAGUUAUGUGGAUAAAAAGAUUCCACCACGCGUUAAACCGGAGGUUCCUUUUGGUUGGGGGUGGAGGCCGGGCAUAUGAAGUUUAUUGAUAUUGACCUUUGUUUUUUUUGUCAAACAUAAUAA